AUGGAAUUGAAAUGUAUUGGUAUAAAUAAUUUUGGUAAAUUAUUAAAACCAAAAACAAAAAAUGAAAAAAUUAAAUCAUCAAAUAUAAAGAUAAUACCAUAUGAUAUAUAUGAAAUAUGGUUAGAAAGAAAUGAAAUCUUAUUAAACAAUAAUAAAUUACAAAAUUCUAAUUUUAAUAAAUUAAAUAAUUUAAAUUUGAAUUGGAGAGAUGAAAUAUUUACAGAAAAGUUUCGUAAAUCAUUAAUUAAUUAUUCAGAAAAUUCAAUUAUAAAUACAUUAUUUUAUUAUAUAAAUAUAUCAAAUUCAAUUAAUACUAAUAAUACACUCAAUUCUAUUAAUAAUACUAAUUCUAUUAAUACUAUUAAUACUAUUAAGGAUAUUAAGAAUAUUAAGGAUAUAAUUAAAGAUAUUGAAGAGAAUUUAGAUAAAUUAUUAGGAGUAGAUUGUGGUAUUAUAUUAUGUUGUUUAAUAAAAUUAAAUAUAUAUAAUAAUAAAUUAAUAAUAAAACUUUGUAAUAAAAUUAUACAACGUAAUGAAAUUUUUAGUAAAUUUUCACUUAUAUAUUCAUUACAAUCACUUGUUUAUAUUAUUAACUCCUCCAAUACGGUGCUUGGUCAAACGGAUACUGUUCCUCCUCCUAAGGGUAUUAGUAGUAAGGUUAGUAGUAAGGAUAUUAGUAGUACUACUAGUACCGUUGGAGCAAGCACCGUUACUAAGGGAAAGGGAGCUAAUUUUAUGCCUAUGGAGUGUACUAGUGAGAAAAAUUUGAAUGAAAUUGCUGUUGUAACUAAAACUGGGGAGUCGGAUACUUUUGUGGAUACUGUGGAUACUACUGGAAAGGGAGCUAAUUCUAUGGUUACAGAGUGUACUAUAGGUAAUAGUAGUAAUAUUGAGGAAACCCCUUUCGGGGUUGAUGGUGAGGAUACUUCUCUUGGUGGACCUCACACCGUAACGGAGAAAUAUGAGAGUAAAAAAUUAUUUAUAAAAACAUUAAAUAUAUUAAUAAAAAAUUUAGAAAAAUUUGAUAUAAAUUUAAUAGCACAAAUUGUUAAUAUUAUUACAAAAACAAAUAUUAAUAUUAAUACACAAUUACAAUUUAUUUCCAAUUAUAUUAACUUCGUUACGGUGUCAGGUACAACAGAAACUAAUAGUCCUGAUAGUAACAGUACUACUGAUAAUACUAGUACCCUUAGAGCAAGCACCGUUACGGAGGAAAAUUCUACUAUCCAAAUUGCUGCUCCCGGAAAGGGAGCAAAUGACACUUUUAGUACUACGGGAAAGGGAGCUAAUUUUACAGCCACAGAGUGUACUAUGGGAAAGGGAGCUAAUUUUAUGCCUAUGGAGUGUACUAUGGGAAAGGGAGCUAAUUCUAUGCCUAUGGAGUGUACUACUACUAAUAAUGAGGAAGCCCCUUACGGGGCUACUUGUGCCGUUGGAGCAAGCACCGUAACGUAUAUAAAUUCUAUGACAAUAUAUUAUUUAUUAAAUGGAUUUUCUAGAGGAAAAUUAAUGAAUAAAAAUUUAUUUAAUUAUAUGAAAAAUAUUAUUUUACAAAAUUAUAAAAAUUAUAAUAUUAAUAUUAUUACAUCAAUUCUUAAUUCAUAUUCUAAAUUUUUAUAUACCAAUCGUACUACAGUAGCUACAGAUAGUACUGACCACACCGAUACUACUGUCCAUACACUAACCACAGACCAUACACCUAUUACUGUACAUACAAAUACUACAAAUAAUAUGUAUAAUAAUAUAUUGAAUAAAGAAUAUUUGGAAUUAUAUUGUAAAUUAGCAGAUGAAAUAAUAAUACGUUCAGAAGAAUUGAAUUCAUUACAUAUAUCAAUAAUAUCAAAUGCUUAUAGUAAAAUAUUAUUAUGUCAUGAAGAAUUAUUUCAAAUUCUAUUAGAAAAAUUUAUACAACUUUAUUAUACAUUUGAACCUAGACAAAUUGCUAUGUUCUUACAUUCCAUUAAUAAAUUACAAUUUCAAACACAUCAUUUACAUUAUCUAAUUAAUACAUCACUCAAGGUAAUAUACUAG